AUGGAAACAGUUGCCGGCUGUGAAAAUCGAUUGAUCCAGAAUCAACCCCGGGCGGUGGUGGUAUUACAAUCAUCUAGCACCACAAAUCUCAUACCAUACCGCUGCACGAAGCUGGAGAGAACACAGGUGACCGUACAUCCCCCACCGGACGAACCGGUCCUGAGCGAGAAGCCAAUUGUUGGCCUCUACCCAACCGGCGGCGGUGGUGUUGCGGCAGGGCUCAAAUCGAAAGGCCCGAGAUGUCCCUUCGAGCUGGAUCGUCUUGUCACUGGGGCGGUGGGCGGUGCUCCCGGCGAGCUGUCCCGGGCCCGGGACUUAUCGCUAAAAUCUUCUCCCUCCGUCGCGACCUCCACUUCGCGCCAGUCGACGUCCUGCUCGGACGUGGCCCUCGAACGGGAGGUGACGAUGUACGGGUGCUUCAAAUUCAACCCCAGUUCAAGGUGAGCCAGCAUAUUACGAUUGGUAAACGUGUCACCACGCGUAAAAUUCGGGUUAAAUCGUGCUGGAUAGAAUACUGCCGACAAGUUAUGCAGGCCCAUGAGGUGGGUGGAGACACCACUCUUCCACCCAACAACGCACGUUUGACGUUGAAUGCAAUUUUCCCGCGUUUUUUUUUUUCAUCUUGAUGGGAACUUGCACUACAGAUUGCACAUUGCUCUCUUACACUCAUAUCUAAUUAUGUGUUCGAAUUGGCGUUUGCGUCACGCACACACACUCACACCGAGCAAAGCAUCGCCAAAUUCAGAACAAAUCAAUUUUGUGAUGCCUUGUUUCGGGCAGAAUAUUUAAUGAAGAUAGCGAGAAUCACAAAGCGAUUUAAUUGCAGAAUUCGUACACGUGUUUUUUUUAAUUGAGAUGAAAUAUUGCAUUUCGUGGUUCCGUAUGCUCAAUAUUGUACAAGUUUAACAGCUUUUGUACGUUAUCAUAAGUGAUUACU